AUGCUCAGCAAGCUAACGUACCCAAUUGUGCGGAGGUCGUCUGCCUCCUACUAUAUUCAUGGCAAACUCGUCCCCGAGCCAUACGACUACCUGGAGAAUCCAUCCAACGACGAGACGAAGUCUUUUGUUGACAAUCAAAAUCAACUCUUUGAGGCUUUUAUGGAGCCGUCGUCUGAGCUUAUGAAAAAAACUAACGACCGCAUCUCCACGCUGUUGGAUUACCCUCGCACAGGAUGUCCUGCUUUUCAUGGUGGAAUGUAUUACUACAACUAUAACACGGGUUUGCAAAAUCAAAGCAUACUUAUGCGUGCAAAGAAACUGGAUGGUCCCGCAGAGGUUUUUUUAGACCCGAACGAGAUGAAUGCGGAUGGUACGACGGCUAUCAAUGUGAAGGAAUGGAGUCAGAAUGAAGAACUGCUGGCGUACGGCCUUUGUGACAAGGGAAGUGAUUGGGUGUCCAUCCACGUACGCAGCGCUAAGACAGGUAAAGACUUAUCUGAUAAAAUUGAGUGGGCUAAAUUUACGGCCUUAUCGUGGUGGGGAAAUGAAGGCUUUUUCUACACCCGUUAUCCAUCACUUGGGGACGAUGUGGAUAAGGGUGCCGAAACCAAUCUGGGAGAGAACCCCUUCCUGUGUUUCCACAGGAUAGGGACACCGCAAGAGGAGGACAUGGUGAUCCUCAAGGUCCCGGAGCAUCCGUUGUGGAGCUUGGGUGCUGAAGUUUCAGACUGCCAAAGAUACCUUAUUGUUGAACUAAGGGAUGGAUGUGAGCCCAAAAAUCUUUAUUGGAUUGCACCCCUCCCGUCUUCUACAGAAGCUCUGUCAGAGCCGUUAAACUUCCAAAAAGUGAUUAAUGAAUUUGUCGCCGAGUAUUCAUACCUUGGUAACGACGAAGAAGAGUUUUAUUUUUUAUCUACUAAAGGAGCACCACGAAGGAAAGUGGUGUGUCUCUCUCUUAAAAACGAAAGCGAACGAGAUGUGGUUGAAGAACAGUCUUCCUUGCUGGGCCAUGUGAUUUUGGUCAAACAAACGCUUCUUUUGAUCUACAUAGAAGACGUGAAACACGUUUUCUACUACCGAACUUUAACCGAAAACACCUUGAAUCUCUUGGACCUGCCCAUUGGGUCUAUUGAAUCGUUUUUUGCCAAGCGCAACAAGGAUUUCGUGUCCUUCAAGAUCUCUUCCUUCUUGCUGCCAGGUCGUAUCUUUAUGAUGGACAUCAAUGAUCCCCAGGGCUCCCUCAAGAUAUUCAAAGACGACACGGUCAGUGGUGUCGACCCGGAUAAAUUUACAGUAAAGCAAGUAUUUUUUGAAUCCCUGGAUGGCACGCGCAUCCCGAUGUUCAUCGUGCAUGGUGAUACACCAGUAACAUCUUCAUCUCCUGUACUUGUAUAUGGAUAUGGAGGCUUCAACAUUUCUCUUAUGCCGUAUUUCAGUCCCUAUGCUUUCGUUAUUCUUCAGAAUUUCCGUGGCGUGAUGGCAAUCCCUAAUAUUCGUGGGGGUGGAGAGUACGGUGAGGAGUGGCAUGAUGCCGGUCGUCGCGCGAACAAGCAGAACAGCUUUACGGACUUUAUUGAGUCCGUAAAGUAUUUGCACGCCGAGGGCAUCGGCUCACCCCAGACCACUGCCAUCAUGGGUGGCUCCAAUGGUGGACUUUUGGUCGCGGCGGUCGCCAAUCAAGCCCCAGAGUUGUUAAGGUGUGUCGUGUGCUGCGUCGGUGUUCUUGACAUGUAUAAGUUCCAUAAAUUCACUAUCGGGCACGCAUGGAUCUCGGAUUAUGGCGAUCCCGACAAAGAAGAGGACUUCAAAAUCAUCGAGAAGUACAGCCCGCUACACAAUAUUAAGCCAGGUAUAAAAUACCCUGCAAUUUUGGUUCUAACGGGGGAUCAUGACGAUCGUGUCGUACCGCUGCAUUCACUAAAGUAUAUGGCAACGCUCCAGCACGCGAACCCCACUGAAAGUGGGCCUUUCUUGGCGUGCAUUGAGGUUGCGGCAGGCCAUGGUGCCGGAAAACCUAUAAGCAAACAAAUCACUGAGAAGGCGAAUAUAUACAGCUUCAUUGCAAAGAGUGUUGGAGCUUCAUGGCACGACUAG